AUGAAUACUACUGCGGCAGCUGUUAUUGUGUGGUCAAGCGCCUCCCAAGAAGCAAUUACAUUCGGAGCUACUAGAACUGGGGCAAAAGAGGUUCACCACCAGCGCCAUGCUGUCCAUAAGGGUAUGAGGGCGAUCCCUAAUGAGUCUGGGGCGAUGCAGCUGGCAACCGACGGACAUCGCCCUGAGGGUUUAACUAUAUAUAGGCUACAUGCUCCAAUAGCAGCGGCAGCGGUUACCUGUUACUGA